UUCUAUCGUAUGUGGUUGAAGUGGAUAAAAUAAGAUUCGCCGUUACCUGAAUUUGGUCAAGUGCUGCGCAGGCGCUGGUCCUUAAAAACCAUUUGCGCAUCGAUUUUGAAGGAGUAAAUAUCGUAGGAAAGAAAGAAACUAAUGCGAUCUGUGGUAGGUGUUCUAUAUUUGGCUACAUUCUACAUUCCGCUUAGACUUCUUCGAGCCAUUUGACUUCUAAAGGCGAACCUUGAAGACACAGUGAGACCUCUCAGGAUCCGCACUGUAUUGCUUGCAAAACUGCAAAAACUAAUAAGGCUUAUCGAUAAUAUUUUCAAUAUGUGUGAUGCAGCAAUUGUCAAUAGAUAUUAGAUUGCACAUUUGCCGUCUCUCCUAAUCUGCCAAAACUAUCAAAACUGCAAGGGUGCAGUGAACUGGGCAAGAAUUUAGCGACCUGGCAGCUCUUACUUCGCUUUGAUCGGAACAACCUGAAGGUAAAGAAGUCGCUACCUGCGAAGUUAUUCGAGGAACUGAUGGUAGCUAAAUGGUUGAAACGGCUGGACGAGGUGAAAGGUGAAGAGAAAUCCCAGCAGGACAAAGAAAUGGAAUCCGAGUCACCAGCUCAGAACCAAGAGAAACAGAAAGUACUAGCUAACCCAUCAGUUGUGGACCUUUGCAGCGAUGAAGAAGUUGAGAAAUCAGUUGUUCGUUUUCGUGAUAUGGAAACACUGGACGUGGAAUCAGUUAUCCCCAAUUCCUCGCUUAUGGUCCUUGACGAUGAGCUGGGCGAGAUCACCCUGCAGGACUAUGCUGAUCACAUCAAUGGAAAAUUGGAUGAAGCGUCUUUGAGGAAGCGAAAUCGCCGGGAGGAGGAUAGCCCAUCUCAUAACGCCAAAAAACAGAGAUCGAUAAAAGAGUUUUUGACUCCCAAGAAAUCAAAGCAAGGCCAAACAUCAUCUUUUGCCUUCCAGCGCUGUUUGAAAACGUAUAGCAGACGACCAAAGCUAGAAAAUUAUACAAGUGGCGAAGCAGGCGGUAUCACAUCCAACAUAGUUAUGGUUGAUGAAAGUCAAGAAGAAGCCCGCGAAUCUCUUAUAAUUGAUAAUCCAAAACCAAAAACCCCAACAGAUUGGAGGGAGCCUAACCAAAGUGAUAUCAUGAAAGAGGUAUCAAAUUCCGACGACUUGAUCGAGAAAGAAACUUCACCCUGUGAUCCCUUAGCAAGCUUAGAUAUUAAUGUUCCAAGUAAAUCCGACCCAGAAGUGCCUUCUGAAAUUUAUGGAGAAGCGAACAAAAAUAUAAACAUAUUGAACGAAUCACCAAAGAACAUGCCGCUCCUGAAGGACAUACUUUCAACUGACCCAGAGGCUCAUAAAGAAAAUAAUCCUGAUAUGAGUAUAACACCAGAAGUUCCCACCCAAUCCCCAAUAAAUGCGAUACGAAUUCGUAGUGACCUGGUUCCCUACGCAGAGAAUAUGAUUCGGGUUCGCACUGACCUGUUGCAGGAGCAAGUUGACCCGUCUGAACCUUUCAAGGCACUGGGAACAGCUGAAAAGCUAAGGUUGUUACCGCCAGGAAAACAGUGCAAUAGCCUACAGCCGAAAACCACAGACAUGGAUGACUAUAAUCCCACAUCAGUGACAACAUCUACAAAUUCACCGAAUUUUCCGGAUGCCGAUGCACCAGGAAUUACCUAUACCUAUCAAAUAAAUAGGCUACCAUCACCACCUGCUCCAGCCACAACAUCCAGCAAUCCGGCGACUGCUCCCUAUAAUGCUUCUCCAGUUUCUACCCAACCCUCUGGUCUGCUGCCCGCACCAGUAUUCCACGACGAAAAUCCACGACCUCUCUCGGUAGUUACUACUUCUGUAAUCAACUCCCGCUAUCCAGUGGAUCCGCGACCAGCCAAUUCGUAUUGGUACACUCGACCAAAUCAUCAUCCAGCUACUCCGGUGGUUCCGACUCCGACCAGUACCACGUCCAUUUAUCAGCCGACCACCAGCUCCAGUUACCAAGGACAAAACCCUGUGCCUGCUGUACUGUCUAGUGGUUAUAUUCCUGGGCCUCCUGAUUCCAGAGCUGCAAAUAAUAAUGCGCCUAUUGGAAGCAAUCCUCGCACCGACUUGACCAACAUCAUGCGCAUGCUAGCUGACGUGUCGUUCUUUGCCUAUUGUCAAAACAAUAGGGAGGCUUACCAUCUGGUCAAUCAGCUACGCCACAGUCUUCAGACGGGAGCCUCAAAUCGUUUCCAAGCUCCCAGCGAAAUGUUUGACCAUUGAAUCACAUUGCAAAUGACGUCCUCAUCUCGAAUAUUUGUUUCUAGUCUAGUUUUAGGCCUUUGUUAAAUGCGCAAUUAUAAUUUGAUAGUAAAUAUCAAUAAAAUCAUAGUAAUACAAUAUU